CUAGACUAUAUAAGUUGAAGAUAAUCCCCACCCUCAAUAGUAUGUGAAGACUUUUCGAUCGUGUCUGCUCGAUGAUUAGGCGAGCUAUUGAGGUUCUCACCGAAUCUGCGUGAAGGGAGGGAGUCUCAUAUCGACAGGGAUGGCGACAUCUAAUGUGAUGGGACAGAUGGGGGGCAAUCGAGGUGCUGGCGUGCAUGGAGCCGUAGGCUCAGGCUUGAACAUGCCUGGGAAUGCUGGCUCGAGCAUACUUAACACGGGGAUGGAUGGUCAGAAUACUUCGCCUAACGGCAUGCCAGCAGUACCGUUCGGCGUCGUAACAUGUGAUAUCUGCGGGAAAAAUGAACACUAUGCACGGAACUGCUGGCAAGCACCGGCUAGGCAAAGACCAGAGGAGGAGAACGUUGAAAUGAGAGAGUUGCUCCUCCGGAUAGCUAGAAGAGAGAAAGAGGAAGAGGAAAAGAAGAAGCGGGAGAUUGAAGAGGCGAGAAGAAAAGAAGAAGACGAGCGACGUGAAAGUGAGAAGAUACGGGAGGAACAGGCGAGAGAAGCCAAGUUGCAAGCUACGAUUCUCCGUAUUCUGGCACAGAAGAAGGAAGCAGCGAGGAUCGUACCUGCACCACAGAUCGCAAUCGGACCGAAGAAGCGAUCUCCUGGAUCUAAAGCGCAGAUGUUGCGGGAGAUCUGUAGCUACAUCGCCGAGUCUGAGGAAGACAGUGAGGAGGUUAAAGAGGAGGCCGAGAAAUUAGUUGAAGCAUUGGAAAGUCGAAAGAAGUCGAAGAAAAGCACUACUCUCGCACGUGCAGCGGUCAACAGAGCCGGGAGGAGGGUGUCUACUCCAAGGAAGGAAAAAGGUCCUGGUGAGAAUACACCAGCGAAUGAUGGAGUUCUUGAGACUCCGAAGAAGGUAUGCCCAGCCGAGUGCUCCAGUGAAGGACUGGUUGAGUUCACGUUAUCACAAACUAAGGCGCUGAGUGGGAUAAAAGCGCACGAAGUUCGGAAGAUCUAUAGCAAGGAAGGGAUUGAUUAUGUCAAAAAGGAUGUAUCCAUCUAGGAGAUUGUUAGAUGUCGUACUCGACUUGCAUAUGAGGGUUUUUUUGAGCGAAAGGCUACAUCACCAUCGACUCUGAACGCACAGUGUGGUGGCCUUGACGAGAUCUAAUGGCGGGAAUCACCACGUGCGACGCUGCUGCCAAGUUUUGUGAACUGACUUCUCGAAGAGCACACGAGCAGAGUAUGGGUAUUCGACCGAUGAUGAUUGCGGAGGAAGAAAAUGAAAUGGCACUCCUCAU